AUGAUUCGUGAACGUUUGAUGCUAGUCCCUAAAGAAGAGUUUUUAGCCGUAGAUGAACAAAUUAUCCCUACCAAAUGCCGUCACGAAUUAAAACAGUAUAACCCUGCUAAACCUCACAAAUGGGGUUACAAAAACCAAGUCCUGAGUGGCGUUAGCGGUUUUAGCUAUGAUUUUGAUAUAUUUGCUGGGGACCAAAGUAAUUCCUACCCUUCAGAUGCGCCAGAUCUUGGCGUAAGUUCAAAUAUUGUCACACGAUUGACAUCUACAGUUCCACAACAUCAAAAUUACAAAAUUUGUUUCGACAACUGGUUCAAUAGCCCAAAUCUUCAAGUAUAUCUUUACAAAAAAGGUCUACUUCCGUUGGGAACCGUGCGACUCAAUCGUGUUCCAAACUCCAACAUGUCUUCUGAAAAGGAACUAAAAAAGCGAGGACGCGGUAGCAUGGCAGAAAAAGUAGCAGUCAUAGAUAAAGUGAAGUUGAGCUUAGUUUCUUGGUUCGAUAACAAGAAUGUGAAUCUUCUUUCAGCCUACGUUGGAAGUGAACCCACAACAACAAAGCGGCGUUACGUUCGCCAAGAUAAAGAAUAUGUUUACAUACCUUCACCCCAAGCUGUAGAUGUUUAUAACCGGCAUAUGGGAGGAGUGGAUUAA